CAGAACAAUCUAGGAUUUAAUUACAGCAAGUUUCCUGAUUUUGGGUGUUCUAUGAGCUGGAUAAUACAGAAGAGCUAGUAUUUGAAGAAGCCUCGUAAGAUUUAAUUGCAAUGCAUGAACUGUGCAUCCAUAAAACAUUGCCUGUAAAUAACCCACUAUUUUUCUCCCAAACUAACACCCGCCACCAACUACAGAUUUCCCUCUCUUGUUUUCCCAUUUGUUUGCAAUGGAGAAGAGGGGGAGCCUUUUUCUUGGUUUUCUUUUCUUUUCCCUCGUUACUAUUUCUACAGGUAACACAAUUAUUUAAGCUGUUUCCUCUUUUUCUUUGAGAUUUUCUUUUUUAUUUAUGUGUAUAUAUCUUUGUUGGGGUUAUUCCGUAUCGGUUGUGGAAGUGACCGGCAAAGAGUUUACAAGUGUAAGGAAAAGUCUCCUAUCACAAGUUAGCUUUUGAGGGAGAGAUGGACUCAAGAUUUAAACAAAUCUGACCCUACAAUUAGGGUAAGGAAUGAGUUGUCGCGGCUCCGAUCCAAGACCCGAUGUGUGAGUGGCAGAUUGUUGAGGUUAUCCCGCAUAGGUUGUGGAUUAGGCCGGCGAAGACUUUAUAUAAGUGUAAGGGAUAACCUCACCUCACAAACUAGUUUUUGAGGGGGAGAUAGGCCAGAGACCAAUCUGUUGGUUUAACUUUGAACUUUUACAUCCUAUGGGAUUGCAGGACAAGUUAAGGUGAUAAAAAACUCUGAGACACUUACUACGUGUCCAGUUCCAGAAAACAGUUCUCCUAAGGGUCAUUCUCCGAAGCUUUUUGUUUUUGGAGAUUCUUAUGUUGACACCGGGAAUCUUCAACCUUUCCGGUCUUCUGGUGGUUGUGUUCUGACUGAUUAUAUAGCCUCAUUUCUCGGUAUAAAUUCUCCGGUACAAUAUGAAAAGAGAAACUUAGCAGAAAACAAAGCAGAACUGAAGAAUGGAAUGAAUUUUGCAUACGGAGGGAGUGGUGUUUUGAAGGAAGCAUGGAACAAUCAUAGCAUGACCGUCCAAAUCAACAAUUUUAAACAACAAAUUAAAGAGAAAGUGUUCACAAAAUAUGACCUUGAAAAUUCUGCUGCACUAGUUUCUCACGCAGGCAAUGACUACACGUACUUGUAUCUUAACCAAAGCGGCACCAUAAAGGACGUGCAUGAUCUCGCUGGAAGAGUUGUUGACCAGCUUGUGAAGAACGUGAAAGAAAUCCAUGAGCUGGGAGUGAAAAAAAUAGCAAUUUUAGGAUCACCACCCAGAGGAUGUUGGCCGCAACUUAAUCCGCGACCUCGUACAAAUUGCAAUGCGACUUGGAACGAGGAGUCGAGGUUCCACAAUCAGCUAUUGACAGAAGCGCUGAAAAAUGUAGAGAGCAAGAAGAAUGCAUUUGUGUUUUUGGAUCUUUACAAGGCCAUGGAUCUGGCACUUCAAAAAAACAAAGAAAACUCAAACUACGAGAAUCCAUUAGAGCCAUGCUGCGAUGGAGUGAGUGAUGAAUAUUGGUGCGGGAUGAAAGAUCAGAAAGGUGCAGAGAUGUUUACAGUAUGCCGGCAGCCGGAGUCGUCAUUUUUCUGGGAUAAAGUGCACCCUUCACAGAACGGUGUGCAUGCCAUUUUCUUGGAUCUAAUACCUUCUCUUGAGAGACUCCUUUUAAUCUGUUAAUGUGUGACGCAAGAACAACUUUAAUCUCCUCUUGCAUAUGGUUGGUUGAUUGUAAACAAAUUUGAAUUCCCUGUAUCCUCUUGCAUAUGGAGGAUGUUCAUGAAGCUAGCUAGGAUAGGUUGCUUGGAAUAUUUCUGAAUUUUAGAUUUAUUAUUUUUUCUUGUUUAGCCCUUAAUUAAUCAGCUAUGAUAAACUAUUUAUAUUAAUUUUA